AUGCAGUAUGAAAUCAAGACAAUGGGUUAUGAGAACACAACUGACAAUGUUUUAUAUAGAAUUCGCAUUAUCGAUCUUUUUACACUUGACUAGAGAGAAAUUAGAGUGAGAUAUAGUCUUUUACUUGACCUUCAUAAUGCCAUGCAAGAUUCCAAUAUAAAUUUUUAGGUAUUUAUAAUCUAAAUCUAGCUUCCUUAAUUUCCUAAGAAGGAAUACUUGAAGACAUUGCUUGGAGAAAAUAAAGUUAUCAAACAACGCGAAUAAAAAUUAGGGGAGUAUUUUCAAUAACUUCUUAAAUGUCCUCCUCCUAAUCAUAAAUUGUUGCUUGAUUUUCUUAGAGAAGGAGUUGACACAAUUAGACAAUAAGAAUUAUUGAAAGAAGUAAGCUCGAAAUCUGAAAUACUCAAAUUUUUUAAAAAGGAAAUGGUGUUAAAAAAGGGAUAAUUUGGGAAAACUACUUUAUAUAGAGGAAACGGAAAAAAAAUAAUUUUACAUAAGUUUUACGUCAUGCAGCAUUAAAGUGAUUAAUUUUUCCAAGCUUAUAUUAAGGCUCAUUUAAAUAUUUUUGAUUUUAGCUUAUUCACUCAAGUGAUUUCUAUAUUCUAUAUACGACCUAAGUCUAAUUUUGUUGAUUCUAUGCUUGGUUAAGUAAAAUAGCCAAAGGUAAGCAAAAAAACCAAUAUUUUUACAUAUUUUUAUCCCCAACAUAUGAGAGUAGAAGCAGCGAAGAUAUUCUCACUUGAAGAAUAUGAGGGAUAAAAUCUAAAUGAAGUGAUUAAAGAUCGCAAGAAUAAAAAUAAACCAUUUAGUUUAGAUGAGCUAUUAAAUAUUAUACAGAAAAUCUUAUAAGCUAUUAUUUAAUUGCACAAGCGCAAUAUAUUUCCAAAUAGAAUUUUACCCACUUCCAUCAUUAUCAAUAAAGAGAGUGUUAAAUUAGCCAGCAUUUAAGAGCCAAAUGCCAAAUAUAAGGAAAAGUAUCUGUUAGAAGGUAAUGCUACUAGAACUGAAUAAGAAAACGAUGUUGUUUAUUACCCUCCUGAGAAAAUGAGUUAAUAAUUUUAAUAAUUAAAUGGGAGGUUGAUAGAUAGUUGGCACUUUGGAGUAUGCAUAUUAAUGGCAGCUCUGUUAUGUACAAAUAAAGAAUUGGAUGGAAUUCAUUCAUGUUAUCAAGUUGAUAAGUUUGCAAAUCAAGUGUAGUUGUUAUAUGGGUAUUUUUAAUAAAUUUAAUAUAGAUAAGUGAUGUAAUAGCAGAAAUAAUUAUGUUGAGUCUAAAAUAAUAGCCACAUGAAAGAGCUGAUAUUAGAGAAUUGUAUUUCUUGGCCAAUUAGACAGCAAUAAUCAAAUUUCAAUCAAAUGUCUUGAAUCAGUAAGAGAAACCUUAAAUUACAUACUUAACCAUAAAUAACAUUACACAAGAACAAUUAAAAAACCUCUAAUAACUCAUUUAAAAAUCUCCAAUUUUAUCAGUUAAAAUCAAUCUUUAUAGAUAAGUAAUAGAUUAAUAAGAAAUUGAUAAAUUAUUAUAAUUACUGGGUAAUUUUGCUGAAGUAAAGUAUUUUCAAAUGAUUUUAAAUAAGUAAGAAUAGAUUUAAAAUGAUUAGAACAUAAAAUUUAAAUUUUGGAAACUUCUGCCUUGGUUUAUAAAAAUUAAAGUAAAUGAAACGUCUCUCUUUGGAUUUGAAGGGAAUUAAUAUAGAAAAAAAAGAAAUAAACCAGGCAGUAAAAAUAUUUAAAUAAAUGGACUCAAUUGAAAGAUUGAUAUUGGAUUGUUCAUCGAUGGAAUUUAUUUAUAGUUUGAAAUAGGAAUUGAAAUUAGAGAGUAAUUUAGUUUUGUAUUUUGAAUCAUAAUUAAUUUGA